CGACCACCUGGAAUGUCUCACUGCCGCGACGAACACCACGACCACGACCACGACGAUCACAGUCACCAUCACGGCCACGAUCACGACCACGAUGGACCAGAUCGCGGAGCAGAAUAUACCCUCUACAAGCAGAUAGAUAUAGACAACGUCCGAUGCCUAAAUGAAAGCGUGGAAGGAGCUGCUAAGACGGUUUUCAAGACGUGGGAACAGAGAGGAGAUUUGACAAAGUAUGUGGAAAGCGAUGCAGACGAACAGUUAAUUAUCAAUAUACCAUUUACAGCAAGCAUCAAACUAAAGUCAAUAGCAAUCUUUGGGGGCCCUGGAGAAAAAGCUCCUUCACGCAUGAAAGCCUACAUCAACCGCGACGAUGUGGAUUUUGACACAGCGGACACCACGGAGCCGACUCAGGAAUGGGAGCUUGUACGAGAUGUCCCAAAAGGGCAAUUGGCGGAAUAUCCCACACGUAUUGCCAAGUUCUCCAAUGUCCGCAACCUUACUUUGUACUUUCCCGAGAAUUUUGGUGACGAUACAUCGAGGAUCUACUACAUUGGACUGAAAGGGGAGUGGAUGGAGAUAAACAAGGACCCAAUCAUAACCAUAUACGAGCUCGCAGCAAAUCCUGCCGACCAUAAGGCGAAGGCCGACCAAUUCGCCGGCCAAAUGAUUCAAUAGGAACCCGUGUGCACACCCACUUUUCAUUGCUCUCUUUCGCUGUGUCCACCUGCUAUCUCUGUUUUACUCUCUUUGGUACACGAAGUUGAACAGUUCCAUUGUUUAUUCUCGACGCAACCGAGUCUGACCCUAUCUGCUUACGCAUAAAGUCUGUAAAUUGGUCCUGUACUUCCAACCUUAACGACAAGCGAAGUUGUUUCUCGGGAUAUGUAUAAUAGGCUCUACUUAAAACGUCAUAUAUUCGUUGUCGCGCCAAAGGCCAAACAGUCUAUAGUUGGAUUUCCCGCUUUAGAGAAUGGGAAAUGUCAGAACAAAUUCUCGCUAGAGACGCACCUGAAGAAGGGUUUGCUGAUUUGUUGAUGCCUCAUGCCACAGAUGUGCCAGUGAUACGUAAUCAAUGUCAGCAUGCAGGGCUUUGAAUACGCUGAGAGCAAAAGUAACAUUUUGGUCCCGUUGAAGGUCGGUCGGCAGUUCCCGGUAAUACUCCAUCACUUUGUUUGCGUCCCCGUAGCAUUUUGGUCCCCUUGCCGUAUAGCAUAUCAGAUAGAGAAGCAUGUAA